AACAAAAGAACACAACAGCAAUAUGUCGGAACUUCCCAGUGUUUUGAACCAGUUAUUCAGCUUUGUCGAUGAAAACAAAUCAAAAUAUAUUGAUGUCCUCAAAACGGCCGUUGCCAUACAGUCCGUUUCAGCAUGGCCCGAUAAACGUGGUGAAAUUCAACGUAUGAUGGAAUGGACUGCUGACAAAUUGAAAGCCCUUGGCGCUGAAGUUGAAUUGGCCGACAUUGGUGAACAAGAAUUGGUCGAUGGCAAAAAGAUACCCUUACCCAAGGUUAUUUUGGCCGAUUUGGGUAAAGAUCCCAAAAAGAAAACCGUUCUCGUUUAUGGUCAUUUAGAUGUCCAGCCCGCUCUCAAAGAGGAUGGCUGGAAUACUGAACCCUUUGAAUUGACCGAAAUCGAUGGCAAAUUAUAUGGUCGUGGUGCAUCCGAUGAUAAGGGUCCAGUCCUCUGUUGGAUUCAUGCCAUUGAGGCAUUCCAAAAGUUGGGUAUUGAAAUACCACUCAAUAUUAAAUUUGUCUUUGAGGGUAUGGAGGAAAGUGGUAGCAUCAAUUUGGAUGAUCUGCUGAUGGCACGUAAAAAUGAUUUCCUUGCCAAUACCGAUUUUGUGUGCAUUUCCGACAACUAUUGGUUGGGCAAGAAACGUCCCUGCCUUACCUAUGGUCUACGUGGUUUGGUCUACUAUACCGUGGAGGUGGAGUGUGCCCGCAAAGAUUUACACAGCGGCGUAUAUGGUGGCACCGUACACGAGGCGAUGCCCGAUUUAUGCUGGUUGCUAAGCACCUUGGUCGAUAAAGAUACGAAAAUUCUGAUACCCGGUAUUGAAAGAGACAUUGCUCCUUUGCUCCAUAACGAAAAUGAAAUCUAUCAAAAUAUUGAUUACGAAAUUGAAGAUUACAAAAAAGAUGUUGGCACCACCCGCCUACCUCACAAUGAAGACAAAACCCGUCUAUUGAUGGCCAGAUGGCGUUAUCCAUCUCUAUCCAUUCACGGCAUUGAAGGUGCCUUCUAUGAGCCCGGAGCCAAGACCGUAAUUCCCGCCAAAGUCAUCGGUAAAUUCUCGAUUCGUUUGGUACCCAAUCAGGAUCCGGAACACAUUACCGAAUGUGUUACCAAAUAUUUGAAUGAAAAAUGGGCUGAACGUGGUUCACCCAACAAAAUGAAAGUCACCAUGUUGUCGGCUGGUAAACCAUGGACCGAAGAUCCCAAUCAUCCACAUUAUGAGGCUGCCAAGACCGCCAUUAGACAUGUAUACAAGGUGGAUCCCGAUAUGACACGCGAGGGAGGUUCUAUUCCAGUUACCUUAACAUUGCAGGAGGCCACUGGCAAGAAUGUUAUUCUCGUUCCUGUUGGUGCUUGUGAUGAUGGUGCCCAUUCACAAAAUGAAAAGAUUGAUAUUUACAAUUAUAUUGAGGGAACCAAACUCUUGGGUGCCUAUUUGUACGAGGUGGGCAAAUUGUAA